AUGUCCCCCGAAGACACCGUAAUGAGCAACGCGCCGCUCACCCCCGGCGACGAGCCAGAGCCCCAAAAUCCCGUCGUCGACUUCUCACCUGCCACAGUCCCUUAUGACGAAAAUUUCGAAAAUAGCCUAAUGGAAGUCAUUCUAAAUCCGCCCGAAAACGACUUGUCGAGAACACCGUCACGCCAACCACACAUGAUCCCAGCAUCUCAACUUCCUAUCCCUCUCUCUUCACACCUGCGCACGCACACCUCGCCGAUUCCUGGCCUCUACCUGACGCAUCCAAAUGGGUAUCAUACUGGCGGGCCCGCUCCCGCAUCACAUACGGUCAGGGACUUCGCCGAUAAGUUCAUACAGGAACACGGCAUUGAGGAUGCGGGACAGUUAGAGCGUGUUGUUGAAGACGUGAUUAGGGAAAAGACAAAAGAGGCGUCGGAGCGGAUGGAGAGGAGGAGCGAGGCGGUAGAGCGGAAUAGGACAGUGGAGAGAGAAUUAGAAGAUCUGAGGUUGCAGAGGAGUGCCGAGCUGAGGGUUAUGGAACGGGUCAAGGGGGGAAAGAGAUGA